CAAUGAUCAAACUGGUCAGCUCCUCCAUGGUUGGGUCCCUGGGAAACCUGUACGGCAGUAUCCAGAACCUCAACGACACCUACCUUCAACCCCACGUCGACAAAGACGCCCUCUUGAACCCCAAACCCCUAAUCCCCUCUUCCUCCUGCACAAACGUUCCGCUCCUCUUGGCGGACGACGACGAUGAGACGGUGUCAUUCUACCUGUGUAGUAACUGCUACAACAACUUCUCCGAGACCAAGAAAGCGACUUGUCCCAACUGUAGGCGUUAUGUGGACAGAAAGAUUAGUUAUGUCACUGCGGUCAAUCCCACGGCGGCGCAGUCUGCCUCAGCCGGUCGUGAUAUGAACGGCGCAGGCGGGUUCGUGAGGAGGCUUGCUACCUAGCUAUAUGGUAAUGGUCGAUUUGAAGGUGAUUCCGCAGUCUACCAUUUCGGCCAUCACCAUACUCAACGAGAAUGGUGUUAAGGACUUUGGUUCCCUUGAGGUCAAGAUCGUCCAUUUGGGUUUUCAAGAGGGACUGGAGGUGUUGAAGGCUUCCCUGCACACCAAAUCUAUACUCACAACUGUGUUUCUCGGCAAAAAGGCAACAGCUUGAUUGACUGCCUCUACUUGCAUUAUUCAAC